AUGGUCUCCUCAGCCAUCCUCCUCCUACCAGCCAUCCUGAUCGCAAUCAACACUCACUCCUUCUCCGUCAAUACCCAACAACUCAUCUUCACCAACAACAACCAGCUCAACACUCAAGAUCACACCUGUCCGGCUAACCCACCCACCAGCUGCCAUCUAUCAUCGGGCGACGGCAAGGAACCCGUCAACUCAUGUUGUACUAACACUCCCGGCGGUCAGAUCUUACUCACUCAGUUUUGGGACUCGCAUCCAGCCACUGGUCCUUCCGAUAGCUGGACCAUCCAUGGUCUUUGGCCCGACAAUUGCGAUGGAACCUACGAAGCUUCCUGUGACUCGGGACGACAGUACCAUAACAUCACCCAGAUCUUGGAACAGGGCGGCGGUCAAGAGGCCCUAUCGGUGAUGAAGGAAUUUUGGAAGGAUCAACACGGAAACGAUGAAACUUUCUGGGAACACGAAUGGGCUAAACACGGUACUUGUAUCAGCACCCUCGAACCUCACUGCAUGGGCUCAUCCUACAAACCUCAAUCUGAGGUGGUCACUUUCUUUAACCGGACGGUCGACUUGUUCAAAAGCUUGCCGACGUACGAGUGGCUCAAAGCAGCCAACAUCGUCCCCUCAGCGACGACUACGUACAAUCUCGACCAGCUCCAAGAGGUUGCGAAACAAUACACUGGUCAAGAGGCGGUGUGGAACUGUCGAGGUCACGUGUUGAAUGAAGUCUGGUGGCAUUUCAAUACCGUCGGAACUGUUGCCGAUGGGAAGUUUGUCCAUGCUAGUCCAGUAGGCCCUCGAUCCACCUGUCCUUAUAAAGGCAUCCAGUACCUACCGAAGGGCCAUAGUGGUGGAGGUGGCGGCGGCGGCGGCGACCACCGUCCAAAGCAUCCAGGUCACCAGCCAGGCAACCCGCCGAGUGACCGGAAACAUUUCAUCUACGUAGUUGAUGAGCAUGGCCAACGGAACGGAUGUUUGAUCAGCAACGGGAACUGGUUGAGCCGGGCCACCUGUGCCUCCUUCUCAGUCUCUGUCGGUCACGACGACAAAGCCCUCCUCGAGAUCCGCACCCGCAGAGGAGCUUGUGCGUUUGAGGACUCGGGCUUCAGAUGCGCUAAAGGACUCAAAUCGGAAGGCUUUGAAAAAAAUGGUGAUCGACUAGUGUACGAAGGUCAAGAAGUCUUUUACUCGGAUAAACUACCAGAGGGCACCACUCAAGUCCCGAUCCUCAAAUCGAAAUCCAAGAACUCCAUUUACCUGGAGAUCGCCGACGCUCAUUGA